CGUUACGGUACCGCCUCUGCUGUCGGUCCGGCGAACUUGGACAACAUGCCGCUUUCAAACAGACUCGUCACACCGCUGCAACUUUCUCUUCGCAUGUCUGGACUGAAAUGAUUAACUGGAGCGUUUCAUCGACUCAAACACAAACGCCGCAUGGUCGACGCUCAACCCUGAAACCUGAGAUGUGGACGGGACUCACCUGAGCGGACUAAAGGUUUAGAAGAAACCUUAACUUACAAACAAGCUUCUUUUUUUGUGUGGAGUUGUAUUAAAAUGGGUGUGCUGUGGACGAACUACGUUUUCUUCAUGGCGUGUUGCUCUGGACUAGCGUUUGGAAACCCCGACAGAUGCGACGAAGUGCGGAAAGUUUUCCAACUCAGACAAAUUGGACCAAAUCAAUUAUUGCCGUUAAGCCCCAGACCAGGUUCAGACCUUCAGGUGUGCAUGUCCAAGAACCUGACAUGCUGUACUAAGAAGAUGGAGGAGAAGUACCAGGUGGCGGCCCGGAGAGACAUCCAGAACCUUGUCCAGACGUCCAGCUCCAGCCUGAAGUUCCUCAUCUCGCGCAACGUUGCUGCUUUUCAAGAGACCUUUGAGGUCCUGAUGAGGCAGGCGGAGAAUCACACAAAUGCUGUCUUCCAGGAGUCUUACGGCAACAUGGCUGAUCAGGCAGUGGGCCCUGUGCGGGAACUCUUUACAGAUAUUAGUCUUUUCCUGCUGGGCUCUGAGCUCAACAUUGAUGACUUAGUGCAGCGAUUCUUCGACGCUCUCUUCCCGCUGACCUACAAUCACCUCAUCAACCCAGGGCUCAGCGACCUAUCACCAGGCUACGCUGAGUGUGUAAGGUCGUCCAGCCGGAAUGUAAGACCAUUUGGUGGCGCACCCAGCCUCCUGGCUGAUCAGAUUGCUCGCUCUGGGGUCUCCGGGAAGCUUCUCCUUCAGGCACUGCACCUCGGCAUCGAGGUCAUCAAUACCACAGACCACUUACAGCUGAGCCGCGAGUGCAGACGGGCCCUUCUUAAGAUGCACUACUGCCCUCACUGCCAGGGCUUAACGCAGUCCAAACCCUGCAUGGGUUACUGCCUCAACGUGAUGCGAGGCUGCUUGGCAAGCAUGGCGGAGAUCGACACCCACUGGAGGGAGUUUGUUCGCUCGCUGGAGGGCCUGUCAGCACGAAUGUACGGAUCUCAGGAUUUGGAGCAAGUGCUUCUGGGAGUUCACACGCUGCUUCACGAUGCUGUCGGACAUGCUCUGAAAAAUGGCCCCCGCCUCUCAGUACAGGUGCACAAACUGUGUGGCCCACCAAGCAGGAAGGUUGCACAGUCAAUCCGCAUCCAGCACAGCAGCAACAGCAGAGAAUCCAUCCCUCGUAAUGCUCUUGUCAGAGUGUCAGGGGACUCGCUCGCUGUCAGGAGGAGGGACUUUCUGAACAGUCUACGUCUCUACCGUACGUUCUAUGGCGGCCUGGCGGAUCAGCUGUGUGUGAGUGAGCUGGCCUCUGGUGACGGGCUGUCCUGCUGGAAUGGCACCUACAUCGUAAAAAGCUACACUCUCCGUGUGGUCGGCAACGGGAUCAAGGCUCAGAGUGCCAACCCUGAAGUGAAAGUGAAGGGAGCAGACCCUGUAAUAAAUCAGAUCAUUGACAAACUGAAACACAUCAAUCAGCUGUUGCAGGGAAAGUCAAUUCCUAAACUGGGGUCACUGGACCAGAUUGAAACAGGAAGUGGAGACGCAGAGGGACGUUACAGCGGCGACUGUGAUGAUGAAGACGGCUGUGGUGGUUCAGGUGGUGGAGAGGGGAAGAGGAAAGUCUCCAGAGUCUCCAAAUUGAGUCCAGAUGUGACCGGUGAUCACAAACAUCAUCAUCAUCAUCAUCAUUAUCCACCUGCCGAGGAUUCAGAGAUGGAUGGCAGAUCCAGGAGCCUUAGACUGACAGGGGCCAUCUGGGUCUUGAUAUUGCCUUGUUUACAUAUGCUCAUGGCCUUGUAACAGCUGCCUUUUUGCAGCAUGAAACUUUCAAGACUUGUUUUCAAGCUUAUUUAUCCAGAAACGAAAGGUCCAGUGGAUGUAACAAGCUUUAUGUAAUGGAGCACCACUUCCGCACAGUUCAGGACACGUACCCUGUGAACCCUAGUGAUCGUGUGGAAAUGAAAAGACACUGCGGCUUAUGUAAAACGGCAUAUGUUUCAGCUUUGCAAAUAGUAAUUAUUUUUACCUGGCAUUCAAUAACACUAAUAAUGACUUAUUUAUAACAGCGGAUGUCUAGAAAAACUAAAACUUUUGUUGUAAAAGUUUGGUAUUAAUUUAAUUGUAUUGCUACAUAUAUAUAUAUAUAUAUAUAUAUAUAUACAUAUAUAUAUAUAUAUAUAUAUAUAUAUAUAAGCAUUAAUUUGCAUCUGCAUAUCAUUAUGAUAUAGCACAUAGCACAGGUUGCACUUCAUUUAAAUGGGGUUUAAAAAUUGCUGUGAAAUGAGUCAAUUCAUCUAAAUGGAUACUUUUGAAAUUGAAUUUGAAGUUGAAAAAAAUCAGUCUCUCCAGCUGUUACAGUUAGCUCUUACAGUUGCAAUAUUUAUACAAACUUCAACCUAUCAACCUGUGUCUUUACUGACAUUUAUUCAUACAAAUUUGCUUCAGAUUGUAGAAAUCUUACAAUAAGCUCUCAGAUAUGGUCCGUAUGUUCUUAAGCAUUUUGCUAAUAAGAACAAAAAAGGAUUCAAGUCAUCUGCUAUUCACUUGUAAUAGCUGCCAUUCUGUUCAAAGUCCAUUAAAUUGGCUUAUUUUAAUUGCAAAAUUGACCUGUAAUGCUAUUGCUGAAAGGAAACUGUGAAAGGGGAGGGGUGGCCAGGUGGAAGUCGUUGGCAAGUGAGAUAGAUCAUACUCCUUUCUUCUUUAGGAAUAGAUUAGUUUCUUCAGGAGUCUAUUAUCAUCUUUCAAACUCAAUCCUCCUCUGGACGGGAGCUGAUAGCUCCUGGAGUCACUGGUGAGGAAGAAUCCAAUUGCUCCUACCUACUACCUAACUACACACUGCUGGUGUGUUACUGGCAGGUUCCUGUGCAGAGAAAAAGAAAAUGCAUGGUCUGGUCAAUGGCUAGGAGAGAAUAAGUAAAUUGAAAUCGAUCAAAAUCGAAAAUUGGUUCUUUGGCUCACAUAUGCUGGGAAAGUACUUAGAAAGUAUAAGAAAAUAUAAGCAAGAAAUAAUCCUAUUGAGAUGAUGCAGAACCUAAAAUGAUACUCUUGAAAACCAGAUUUUACUAUUCAUGUACAGCAGGUACUGUAUGCAUAAAUCCAUACAAACCACAGACAUAAACAGGAAAAACUUUAAAGAGCUGCUACUGUAAAUAGACGACAAUGUAAAAAAAAUAACUUAAACAUUUAACUAGGGCUCAAAACAGCCAAAAGUACAUUCUCCUCAGGUACUUAGAACAUAUGAUGAUAGGAUUUGAUUAUAGACCGUGACCUUCCUCACGCUGCAGUUGGCCUAAAGCAUAAUUGCUGUCAUUCGUUAUUUUCAUCUUUAAUAUAUACCAUGGUGAGGCUUUUAUCAUGAUAUAAAGUCAAGGCUGUUUGAGCAUCUAAACCACUUGAGUAGCUUGGAGCUUUUUCAACUAAGGUCUCAAGAUUUAUGAAUAAUAACUUUAAGAUUAAUUAUACUCAUUUAUUACUGAAUUGUAUUUGCUACUUUGUCUUUGAAUUAAUGUCUUGUAUAUGAGGCUUUUGUUCUGGGGGUGAUUCCCUGACGACAAUAGUCACUACUUAACAACCUUAACACAGUUGUUAAACUCCCUAACAAGUCAUGACUGCUCCCCCAAACCAAUUAUCUCACAAGUUGGCACCAUCAAAGUCAGUGAUACUGUCAUUGGAACAGCUCUGUUAAUGACACUAUUACAGAAUAGUCUUCAGCCUCUAACUAGAUAAAAGAGACAAAGGUGCCUUGAGGGUAACUAUAACAUGUCAGGUUAUACUGCCUCUCGUUUGCUUAAAGGAAAGAGUUCAAUUUGAUGUCUUAUGUGAUUAUUAUAGCUCCAUAGUGAGAUAGUUAUCCUAGGAGGAAAGGCACCAGAUGCUGAUGAUGAAAAUGCCAAUGGUGUGAUGAUGUGCACCCACAUCCAGACAUGUAUAGUCCUGCAGGCAUUGCAAUGUGUCAGAACCUCUCGAAAAACAUGUUUACUCUCUAAUUCUGUGUUCAGAGAGUGAAUGCAUUAUUUGAAAAAGAAAUUCCUCUAACACAUGCAG